AUGCCUAAGAUUGAUAUAAUCCUAUACCACGGUAGUCCGCUUAAGAAUGCCAAUGCGAACAAGGGAUUGCCAUUUGAAGGGCCGAGUAUAAAGACCUAUUAUACCCAAAUUGAUCGUAGGUUGAAAACCCUUGACGAAUUGAAGAAGAUUAUCAUGGAAGAGUUGUGUGAGAAUCUUGCUGUGCACAACAUACAAAUUACUUAUCGUAUGCCAAAUGAAAUCCUGAAGCACCGGAUAAAUUACAAGUAUAUGGCGAUAGAAACAGACAAACAUGUAAAGAUCAUGUUUGACAAGUUGGAGAGAAUACCUGAAGUUACGGUUCUGGAUGCUCAAUAUGAGUAUUCUACACAUGUAGAGGAUGAUGAUGUUCAUGCCGAUGGUGAUGUUCAUGUCGAUGGUGAUGAUGAUGAUGACGACGACGACGACUAUGUUGAUGAGACUACUGCCAUUAACAAUGAUGAUAACGAUGAUGACGACGACUAUGUUGAUGAGAAUAUUGCCAUUACCGGUGAGGAUUUUGAUGAUAGAGAUGAGUAUGAAGACAUGAUUGACAGAGGGGAUUUUGGGGACUUUAAGAGGGACAUUGAUGAUGAUGAGAUAUUGGACGAUAGUGAACCUUAUGCAGACAAUGUUAUUAGUUAA